AUGGAGAACUCAACCACUACCCAGACCUACCAGCCGGUCGAGACACUCACCCAUUUGGUGUCUUUGGAGGCAUUCUACGGCAUAAUAUGGGCCGGAUUCGUCAUCUGUACCUUCACUUGCGCAGGCCGUAUUUACGUACGGUACAUGUGCUUCCGCCGCCUACUCGUAGAUGACUGGGUCAUGCUGUUUGCUUGGGUUUUGCUACUUUGCGUAGCGGCCUUGGGUCAGGCAUACCUCAAAUACAUCUACAUGCUGAUGGCGGUUUCGAAGGGAGAGUUACAGCCAGAUCCAAAUUUCCCCAGGGACGCUAAAAGAGGCCUACGAGCUUUUGGAUCUGCCAUGCUUUUCUCCUACCUCGGGAUCUGGGCUAUCAAGCUGAACUUCCUCUUAUUCUUCAAACGCCUUGGAAAUCAGAUCACCGCCUACCUCAUAUUUUGGUGGGUCGUGCUCCUAAUCACUAUCGCUUGCGGAGCGGUUAGUAUUGGGGUCAUGCAAUUCCACUGUCUUUUUGGUCCCAUAAAAGACAUAAUGAUCAUCUGUCCUCAGUACAAGACCUUGAGGCAGACUUAUGAUUUCUUCAAGGUAUCCUGCAUCGUAGAUUGUGUCUCAGAUGCGCUCAUUAUUUGCUUCCCGAUCGUCAUCUUCUGGAAAGUGCGCAUAUCUCUAAAAAAGAAGAUUAUACUCUCCGGUAUCUUUUCUCUUGUUUCUUUUACUAUCGCAGUAACCAUCGUAAGAGGAAGUAUCUUCGGUGGUGUCUACAAAACUAUCAACGAGAACAAGAGAAUGGAUAUGAAUGUUACCUGGGUGUGGUUUUGGUUUUACAUCGAGUACUCAGUUUCAUUCAUAAUCGCUUGCCUAGUCUCAUUCCGAGCACUCUUUGCCCGGAGAGAAAAGAGAGCGUACGAAAACGAGGCACGACAAAGAGAGCAAGCACACCAAGAACAGAAGACUUCUUCAUCUCGGAAAAGUUCAGGGCUCCGAGGAAGAGCGAGGCGGUUCCAUGACAGUAUCCUCGAUUCUAUCAGGACCACCGAGACUGUCAGUGAUCUCGACCUGCCAAUGCCGGCAUCGGGAAGGUUUAGCCCGACUUUCAUUACGGAAUACGAGCCUGAAUCUACUCCCAAAAACAAAAUUAACUCGAUGGAAACCUCAUCUAGUCAAAGGACCGGCUCGCAAGAUGUGUGA